CAACUGCAAUCGCUAACCCCUCAUCGGCUCUGGGCCUUGUCCUCGUUUUGAGUUUUUCAUACAGACUAUUAGUCUUAUCGUCUCUGAAAUAUUAGCACCCAUUGCCUUCAUACCCAUACAGCUAUCAUGGAUCUGGACGCUGGAGACUCCCCGUGGGGCGAUGUGCCCUCGCAGUCAAGUCAUGGUACACAGAGACCGGAAACUGAAGAAGUCGCACCGGAACGAUCAACACAACCAGCCAGCCCAAGCGCUACCCGUUCACCCGUCCGACGAAACCCGCGAGGUGCUCGCAAAAUCAGCGCGCAGGCCACCAGGCUGGAAGCCGUGGAUGACGCCGUAGAUCCGCUUGGUCCGCUCGGAGACAAGCCCACCGAUAGUCUCGCUCCAGUCAUUGAGCAAGCACCAACACCACCCCAGAAGGAGCCUUUUGCAGGUCGCGGUGCUCGUCCGACGUCAUCUACAUCACAAACAUCUAGUGCUGGUGGGUUGGGAGACUCGGUACAUCUGGAAGAGGAUGGUGCGGGGUUCAGGGGACCGCCCCCUGUACAGCUCCCGGCAGACGCGGACGGGACGAAGAGGCAAUCUCAGCCCAGUAUCAGCAUUGAAGAGGCUUCCAAGCCGACAUUCGAAAUCACAGUGGGUGAUCCGCACAAGGUGGGAGACCUGACAAGUAGCCACAUCGUGUACCAAGUUCGAACGAAGACAACAUCGAAGGCGUAUCGACAACCGGAGUUUACCGUCAGCCGCAGAUACCGCGAUUUCUUAUGGCUCUACAAUUCCAUGCACAAUAACAACCCCGGUGUUGUUGUACCUCCUCCGCCUGAAAAGCAAGCUGUUGGCCGUUUCGACACGAACUUCGUUGAGUCUAGAAGGGCUGCACUUGAGCGCAUGCUCAACAAGAUUGCGGCACAUCCAAUCCUGCAGCAUGAUGCGGAUCUGAAGAUAUUCCUGGAAAGCGAAUCGUUUAAUAUGGAUGUCAAGAACAAGGAGAACAGGGAACCGGAUCUAGGUCAGAACAAGGGAAUGUUCAGCUCCUUUGGAAUUAGCGUAGGUGGGAGUGGAAAGUUCGUAGAACACGAUGAUUGGUUCCACGAUAGGAAGAUAUACAUGGACGCGCUGGAGAAUCAACUCAAAGCUUUGCUGAAGGCGAUUGAUGUUGUGGUCGCGCAGCGCAAGGGAUUGGCAGAAGCGGCUGGCGAUUUUUCGUCUUCACUUCACGCUUUGGCGGCUGUCGAGUUGUCUCCGGCCCUUUCCAGUCCAUUGGACGGACUCUCAGAUUUGCAGUUGCGCAUCAAGGAACUUUAUGAGCGUCAAGCUCAGCAGGAUGUUCUUACACUAGGAAUCACCAUCGAUGAAUACCUUCGCAUCAUCGGAAGCGUCAAGACAGCUUUCUCUCAGCGACAAAAAGCCUUCCAUAGCUGGCACGCGGCGGAGUCUGAGCUGCAAAAACGGAAGCAUACCCAGGAGAAGCUUCUCAGACAAGGAAAGACGCAGCAGGAUCGCCUCAAUCAAGCCAACGCCGAUGUGGCCGACGCGGAAAGGAAAGUGCACCAGGCCAGGCUGUUAUUCGACGAUAUGGGCCGUUUGAUGCGUAAUGAAUUGCAGAGAUUUGAGAAAGAAAAGGUGGAGGAUUUCAAGUCUGGCGUCGAGACAUUCCUGGAAAGUGCAGUGGAGGCGCAGAAGGAGUUGAUCGAGUUGUGGGAGACGUUCCUCUUGCAGUUGGAUGCUGGUGAAGAGGGUAUCCCCUUCUUUGCGUCCCCUCCUGUUGCAGCAAAUGCUCCUGCGCAACAGGCGACAGACGAAGCCAGCGGUUCGGCCCCGGUAGCUGCGGAGGAGGCGACGUAGCUCGCCCUGGGCUAGCUCCUGACCUUUUCUCGCCAUGUAUAACUGAAUUGCGAUGAUUCUUUGGCCUAGUUUGACCCGGAUCUACGUAUCGCUUCGCUGGCGAGCCUCCAUAGCCCUUAAAACCGCACUCACUUGUUCUACCUCGCGCUGAGCACGCAACCCAGAUACCGUUCGGAGGGUCGUAUGAUUGGUGCUUUGUCUGAACCCGGUUUCUUUAAUAUUCUGUCGGAUUAUCACUAUGAUUGUCUUCCGUGUAAACUAUAUCUGACUCCUUCAAGCCCUGGUAAAAAUGACAUGUUCAGGGUCCAAUUCAAUAGUAUGCUG